GCGAGCGCGGAUUUAAAAAUUAAAUUUAUAUUCUCGUUUCUUGAAUACUGCAGUACCUACUCAUAUAUUAUUUUAAUAACUGUUCUAAUAUUUUUUUUUGAAACGUUUAUUUUACAGAUUUGCUUUUAACUUUAUAUGUUUUAUUUUGUCUACGUAUUUAAAAUGAACAAAAUUAACUUAACCAACAUUACAAAUAAUGAAAUAUUUACUUAUUCAACUAUUUUAAUUAAAGGAUUUGUCGACGUACAAAAUGAAUCAAAUAUAAUACUUAAACAUUACUCAAACAAUGGUAAACAGUUGGCAGAAUCUCGCUGGACAGUUAAUAAAAAUAAAUUUAAAAUAAUAAUAGAAUUAAAAAUUGGUGAUAAUAUGUUGGUUUUUAAAAUCGCCAAUGAAGUCUUACAGACAAAAUUGGUAUACAAACAAAGAGUGACAAACUACACUGUAUGCCCAGUUUAUGUAAUUUGUGCUGAUCACGAUGGUAGAUUCCAGGCCCCUGUAGAUCAUGAUAAUUCUGUUCAAAAUGCUUGCACUAAAAUAACAUUAUGCUCCAAAUUGAUUCAAAUGUUGACAGCUGAAAAAAUGUAUGAAAAAGGUUUUGGAAAGAAAACAUUUCAAGUUGAAAAAGAAUGUCGUAUCAUUAAAAGCUCUUUAACGAGGCGUACAGUAUUUAACAUGCAUCCUGAAAAAUUAUGGGAGUUUAUAGCUAGGGAGUUGACUAAUGGCCAAAAUUCUAAAACUAGAAAAUAUUUAGCUUUCCUAUCAUGUACUUAUUGGGAUGGACAGAAUUUACAUGGACAUGUUGCAUUGGGUGGUGGUGGACUGGCAUUGUUUGGAACGGGUUGUCUUUACACUUGGCCUAGUAAGUUAGAGGAAGUUUUACCAUGUUUCAUGAACAUGGCAAAAGUCGAUACUGGCACAUUAUUGGAUGACAGCUGUUUCAGAGGAAAUUUUGGUGGAUGCUUUAGCACCACCUUAGGUUCUGUAUGGCAUGAAUUGGGACAUACAUUCGAUCUAGGUCAUUCAAAAUAUGGUAUAAUGGGAAGAGGAUUUGAUAACGUUCAUUUAAUUUUUACAUUGGACAAUAAAAAUAUUGCUCAAGAAAUAAAGCCAGCGAACAAAGGCUAUAUAAUAUGUAUUGAAAAUUAUUCAAAUACAAUUAAUAUGAAGGAUGAUAUGUCUAAUAAUAAUAAUGCAAAUGGAAAUGAAACAAUAGAUGAGUAUGAUUCAAAACACAUAAUAUGUUGGUCUAUGGGAUGUGCAUCAAUACUUUACUUUCAUAAAUGGUUUAAUGAUUUCAAAGAAGAAAACAACAAUGAAAACACAAUUGAUUAUGUAGCAAAAAGAAAUAUAUUGACUUCAAGAAAUGGUUUAAGAGUAGUUCAACUAAGGAGAGAGGAUGGACUUGUCAUGCAUUCGUGGGAAUUUGUUAAAAAUAAUAACAAACGUACAUUCAUUCUUCCAGUACAAUUAGCAAAUAAUGGUAUAACUAUUAUUGCUGAAGAUUCUAAUGGAAAUAUCUUAAAACAUUUACUUUAAUUUACAUUACAUUUUUAACAUAACUAUUAGUUUAAAAACAUUAUUUUGAAUUUAGUAGUUUAAAUUACUUUUUGAUUGAUUUUUAUAAGCAAAUUGCUUUUUUAAAUUUAAAUUUGUAUUUGGAAAUCAUUUUUAAACUAUUUUAUCAUACUAUAUAUUAUAGUAUUAUAGUAUUUUAAAAUCUAAGUAAGGUUUUAAUUUUAGACUAUAUAUUUUGUGCCAUCAUAUAAUUUAUUUUUAUUUAAGUUAUCAAUUAAACAGUUUAAACUUUUAUAAGUAAAUGUUAAACACAAUUAAAUUUGAUAAAUUAUAUUUUUAUAGUUAGGUUAGAUUAGUUGUUUAAAAAACAGUUUACGGAGAUCUCAGUAACUUAGAUUGUUUUUAUUAAUAACAAAAUAAUGAAUUUAUGUAUGUUUUUAAUAUACAUGUCCAGGACUUGGAACUUUAUGUGCUAAAAUCAAAUGAAAUAUUAAUAAAUUUGCACUAAAAAUAGAAGAAAAAAAAUUAGUGAAAUUGUAUUUAUGAACAAAGAAUUUUGAAUAUGCAUGAUUAUUUGAAACUUUAAAUAUGUAUAAUAAUACAUUUUUUUAAAUUAUUUUUGGACCUUAGCUUUAACACUCACCCGUAAAGAGUAGAUAAAAUUAUAUCAAAAUAAUAUACACAAAAUCAGAAAUAGUAAGACCAAUAGUCUACCUAUAUGAAAAUAUAAAUAUUUUAAUUGUCAUUUGAAAACUUUCAAUAAUUGUAAAUUAAUUAUUGAAGUAUAGGAUUUGAGAUGGGCGUACCGAAUUUGGCCUUCUGAAAUAGAUAGGUGUUGAACCAAAUUUUGAAUAUGUCGCUUCUUGAGUUCUUGACUAAUAUAUUACGGAGUUCCGAGCCCUGUAUAUAACUUUAAAUUAGUUCCUAUAUUUGAAGAAUAAAUUUCUAAAGUUGAUAUUAGUUAAUUGUAAAAUUUAAUUAAUUAAUUUAGCAGUUACUUGUAGUUAAUUUGCUUCUAAUGAACCAUUUUAAUUAUAAACUCAGAUAUUCAUA